GAAGAAGAAGCGUGGGCUCUGACGUUUCUAUUAGCCUCAAGUGUGUGACUUGAAGAGUUGCAUUUAGGCAGACUUUACUAUUAAAGUUUCUGUAUAUCGCUCAGACUCGCGCAUUUCGUCGUUCAGAUGUCUGUGGACAGAUAAUGGGGAUGUGAUCGGUUAGUGCGUUUGGAGAGGUAGAGAGUUAUUGGCCAAUUUGCAUUUUGCAAUGCUAAAACUGACAGCUGUAAUCAGCUAGCUGUUCAUGUAAACUCAUGCUGUGUACUUAGGGUUAGGGUUAGAAAGGACAUCGCGCACGAAACCUUCAGCAAAUGUGACCUGUGCUACCAAGACUAGGCGAGAGCCUGCUUUGCCACAGCAAGUUAGAUCACUUUCAUAGCUGCUUUUGUCUUUUUUUUUUUUUUUUUUUCAGGAAAUAAGAUGUUACUUUGCCAUUGUUAGCUGACUGUCUGUAAUUGAAUGUUGCAGGUUAUAUGAAUUUACACCUGUUCCCAGUAACUCGUGAUCAGACGUGGAUAAAUUAUUUUAGUGUGUCAGAUUGUUAGAAAACAAACUUAACAGGUCUGGUUCAUAGUUUUACACCGGUUUUAUUUUUCAGAUUGCUUUGCCAAGCACCUGUCAACACACUUUAAUGCCCAAAACUUGGCAGCAAACAUUAAAUAAUGACAUCUCUGAACCAUAAGGCUGUAGUCUGUUACGUUUGUUUUUAGUUUGUCAGUAAGCUUUUGGCUGGUGGUCAGUAGUCAGCACCUCCUGGUCUAGGAAGCAGACUUAAGCCCCAAUGACAAAUAAAGCUGCCAAACUCAUCUUAGAAUAAUCACCUUAUACUCUUUCCCCCCCUAAAUAUUUUCCUAACACUGGUUUGCGGUAGGAGAAUGUUGUCUCGAGCUUUAAGAAAAUCACUUUCGUAUGGAAGUCCAUUUGUGGCGGUUUUCACUGGGAGCUAUUGUAGUCGUCUGUGUUUUCAUCAGACAGCUGUGUGUAAAGUUGCUUCGCAAGCUGAAUGCGGCUUCAGACCUGCCAAGGUAGCGGUCGUGACCAAGACCACUCGCUAUGAAUUUGAGCAGCAGAGAUAUCGCUAUGCGGGGCUGUCUGAGGAGGAUCUUAAACAUCUGCUUGCCUUGAAAGGAUCGAGUUACAGUGGGCUUCUGGAGAGACACAAAAUACACACUCUCAGUGUUGGACAAAUUGUGGACAGUCUACAGAAAGAAGGGAUAGAGGUGCACGUUGUUAAAAGAGGAGAGUAUGACGAGGACACCGUAAGAUGGGCAGAUGCCAUCAUCUCCGCUGGAGGUGAUGGCACCAUGCUACUAGUUGCCAGUAAAGUGUUUGAUAAAAACAAGCCUGUAUUGGGGGUCAAUACAGAUCCAGAAAGGUCAGAGGGUCACCUGUGUUUACCUGUGCGCUACACACAUGCCUUUUCUGAGGCCUUACGGAAACUCAGGAAGGGUGAGUUCAGUAUCCCCACUAGGUGGCAGUGGCGUCAGCGUAUCCGAAUGUUUUUGGAGGGCACGGGUAUUAACCCCACUCCAGUGGACCUGCACGAGCUGCAGCUGAGCCUGGAGCAGCACUGCAAGGCGCACCGCAUCACCACAGAGACCCAGCGAAGUACGACACACGACAGCCUGGCAAGGCCACACCUACUCCCUGUCCGUAGUCUCAAUGAGAUCUUCAUUGGAGAAUCCCUUUCCUCCAGGGCUUCAUACUAUGAGAUCUCCAUCGAUGACGGACCAUGGGAGAAGCAGAAGAGCUCUGGAUUAAGCAUUUGCACUGGAACUGGAUCUAAAGCCUGGUCCUACAAUAUUAAUAAGCUUGUGGAGCAGGCAGUGGAAGAUGUCCUUAAAAUAGGUAAAUCAAAAACUGGUUUAGAUCUUCCUCUAAAUCAAGAGUUCAUUGAGAGUGUGACACAAGCAUACAACGAGUCUCUGAUCUUCAGCCCAGAGGAGAGCAAAAUGUUCUUCAGUAUAAGAGAGCCCAUUGUCAACAGAGUAUUUUCCAGUAGCCGACAAAGAGGUUUUGCAAACAAGGUUUGUGUCCGCUCAAGGUGUUGGGAUGCCUGCAUGGUGGUAGAUGGUGGGACAUCCUUCGAGUUUAAUGAUGGUGCCAUUGCUACUAUCUGCUUAAAUGAAGAGGACCUGUUGCGAACUGUCAUACUUGAUUAAAUCGUUUUGUUACUGUUGCUCAAUGAGCAUACAUAUUUAUUGAGACUUAAAAUGGAUAAUGCUAGAAUAAGUGCACAGGGGUUCUUUCAACUCUGACUGUUUUUUAUGGGACAAUUGUGUUUGCAAAUUUCAGGUAUUUCACACUUUUGUAGCCUGUCCUUACAUGACGCUCUUGGUUGCAAUCAUCAAAUAAAUGUUUAAAUAUUUUUCCCUUGAUGCACCAGUACUAGACUGAGUGCCACGUGUUAUGUCACAAUGUCAGAUGUUGGGUGUAUGCUAGAACUCUUUACAGUCCGUACUCAGUGAAAAAUCAGAAGCAUUACAGAAACAUUUUCUGAUUAAGUAGCUUUAAUAUUUAGACAGUUUUGUUUUGGAGUUCACAAAUUUAGAUUUAUGCUUUUUAAAUCACAAGCUCUCAAGAUUAUUUAUUAUACUUGAGCUUUUGCACUUUUGUUCCAAAUGUGUACAGAGGUACUUAUAAAUUUAUAAGUCAAUGCUUUCUUAAACUGCAACCUACUUGAGAUAUUUAAUGCGUUUCUGAAGUCCACACUAGAGCAAAUGUCUAGAUGUGGGAAUACUGUUCCGACAGGUCAAAGUAUUUUUUCCUUCAGGUGCUGGUUUGACAAGAACAUUUUGUGUGAAACAACUACAUGUGGAUAUCCUUGAUGCUUCAUUAAAGUGUCUGCAUUCUUUAUGUAGUUUGCUGCAACAUUUAAUUAUAGAUUUGUUGGGUAGUAAACCGUAUGCGUUUUCUAUGUAGUGGUAGAUGAAAGAGUACUCAAGCGGACACCUUAAGGGUUAGUUCACCCAAAAAACUAAAUUCUCAUUUACUCAUGGGGAUGACUUACUUUCCUCUGCAGAACACAAAUUAAGAUUUUUAGGUUAUAUC